CCAAAUCCUCCUCCAGGAGAGCAGCUGGAGCGCAGGAUGGAGCAGAGAGACUAAAAAACUUCAUUCUGCAGGGGGACCUCUAGUGUUUUCCUUUCUCCAUGUCCUGGCAGAGUUCCUCCAAAGUACAAAUACACACAGAGCUCCCAUUGUUUGCAGCCCUUCACAAGCCCACUGAUCCUAAUAUGGAAUUCAGCAGGAAACCCAUGAUUUCCUGACACACAGCAAGCUGGAGAAAGAAAGGAAAAACUCCAUUAAAAACCUCCAGACUCUCCUCCAUGUAGAAAUGAAAUGGAAAAUGGAGUGGAUUUAGCAGGAAUCCCUGGUUCCUGCGGCCAGGCUGGAGGAAGGGAGACGCGGAUCUGCUGCUGAUAUUUCUGAAGUCGCAAUAAAGACUGCGAACAGCCGGGCAGGAUGAGGAUUUCCUGACUGGGACAAACAAAAAAAGGACAGAUCACUCUUUUUUUAUGAUAUUCCUCUCCGUGUGUUUAAUUUAUUCACCUCGAUGAUCCUCUUGACUGAUCUGGUAACUGUUAGAGGCGGCUGUGACAGCCUGGAAGCAUUAGUAUGAUUUCCUGAGUUUGAGAUUUGCUGCUCCCCCCGCAACCCCCUCCUUCUCCAAACUCAGGAAAAGUCAAUACAAUCGCACUUCAUUUUUCCUUCAUGUGCACUUGGAAAUCCUGGGAGCAGCAAGAGCAGCAGCAGAAGCAAGAAUGAACUGCAAGGAGGAAAAUGACAACUGCACUGACGGGAGCAGGAACAACAGCAAGAAGAUGCUGAAAUGUGUGGUGGUUGGGGACGGUGCAGUGGGGAAAACCUGCCUGCUGAUGAGCUAUGCCAAUGAUGCCUUCCCAGAGGAGUAUGUCCCCACUGUGUUUGACCACUAUGCAGUAACCGUGACUGUGGGAGGACAACAACACUUGCUGGGGCUUUAUGACACUGCAGGGCAGGAGGACUACAACCAGCUGAGACCCCUGUCCUACCCCAACACAGAUGUGUUCCUCAUCUGCUUCUCCGUGGUGAAUCCUGCCUCCUACCACAACGUGCAGGAGGAGUGGGUGCCCGAGCUGAAGGUCUGCAUGCCCAACGUGCCUUAUGUCCUCAUAGGAACACAGAUUGACCUCCGGGAUGAUCCCAAAACUUUGGCGCGGCUGCUUUACAUGAAGGAGAAACCACUCACCUAUGAGCACGGAGUGAAGCUGGCAAAGGAGAUUGGAGCCCAGUGCUAUCUGGAGUGCUCAGCACUCACACAGAAGGGCCUUAAGACUGUCUUUGACGAGGCAAUCAUGACCAUUUUCCACCCCAAGAAGAAGAAGAAGCGCUGUGCAAAGUGCCACAGAUGCUGCACCCUCGUGUGACGUCCCCUGGGAAUUGGAGCCAGCUGAGUUCAGUGACACCAAGCAGGUUGGAAAGGCAAAGAAGGUCACACGAAACUGAAAAGGGGAACACGAGCAGAAAAGGGUCCUUCCUACCCAAAUACAGGAGCUCUCCGUUCUGUGAAACCUCCAAGCUGUAUCACCCUUGGCCAACUCCUGUCUCUGUGCUUUCCUAACCCUCCAGAGCUGCUUUGCAGCCUGUUCCCACUGCUGCAGACUGCACCAACAGAAACCAGGAUGCCUGCUUGGCUCCCCACCUUAGGAAUAAGGUGAGGGUGGCUUGUGACAAAACAAAGAGCUAAAGAUGGCAAAAGAAACAGGAGAAACUUCUUUUGUGGCCUUAAGUAAGAAUCGUUUAAAAUUAGGAAUUUGCAGUCCUUAGGAAUUGAAUCUGAAUUGACUGAAAGCUCAUGGAGAUCUGUAGAAAUCUAAUAUGUAAGAUAUACACUAUAGGUAGGAUGUACUUAAAAUUUGCUUUUCUUUUAUAAGACUUGCUAGUUCAGGAGAUAUUUCAGUUUGUUCAAGCCACAUGGAAACAAAGGUGGAGUGAUUCCAGUUUGGUUUUACCUAAUGGUGAAACUGCACAGCAUCAGAAUGUUGCUGUACCCAAGCUAUCAAAAUGGAUCAACAUUUACCUCCAGACUUCAGGAAUGUUCUUACAACUAAAAAAAAAAAAUGCAAAUAACUGUACAUUUACAGAGGAACAUUCAGGCUGAGCCAUGUUUCUGUAAGCUGAGAAAGGAAGUACAGAGUUGUAGCAUUAAUGUACUGAAACAAAGAAAUUCUGCCACCAAAGAAUAUUGCCCUAGACAUGAAAUAGCAGCGUGAAACAAUCCCUCUUCCAACUGAGAACAAGAACGAGACACAUUGCCAUGGCAACUGAGAAUUUACCUUAUAGAUCAGCUGGAUUUCUACAUCUCACCCAACAGCCAAGAAUAGAAAAAAAAAAUAUAUAGCCAAAGGUCAUACUGACUUUAAGUGCUUUGAGGUGAUCCAAUUGCCUUAAAAUUAUCCUUUUCUUAUGAAGCAUUCCUGUAAAAAACCUCAUCAAAGUGGAGUUGUGAACUUGUUGGCUUAUUGUAGCCUCCCUCCUCCCAUUCAUUUCUUCUCUCCCUGCUCCCAUUUCCCAUCUUCACUUCAUUGCUGUUCCAGCUGCAGCCUGGCUGCUGUCCUCAGGAGUGGACUUGUCCAGGUGAUGGGCUGCAGCCAACAGCAUGGAGGGGGAAAUCCAGCCCACAGGGAAGGGAAGCUCCUGUGGUGUCCCCUUGCUGCUGGGGAAUUUGUGCCUUUUCACUGAAGCCUCUCUGGGGAUCCUGCAGCUUUGCACAUCACAGCAGCACAGACUCUCCCAGGUGAGCUCCAAGGGGCUCUUGUCACCUGCAGCUGCCUCUGGCAGUGUCACAAGAGUGCCUUGUCAUGGAUUUCAUUCCCCAAGCAGGAAACCACAGCAGCAGCACACACAGACUGGAGGAUGUAACUCCUUUCAAAAACCAGCGUGUCCAGAAGUGCCAGGAGGGAGCAGGUGACAGCAGAGCAUCCUCCAGCCCUGGGGCACAGCCCCUGCUCCCCUCUGCCCCCCUCCCAGCAGCCCUGUCCUCUUGGGAAGCACAGUGUCCUGCCUGAGAACACCCCUGCCACCAGGCAAAGCAGGGAGCUGCAGUCCUGGAGCUGCCCAGAGAGAUGGGUGCCUGCACAGCACCAAGGACCAAGCUUGGUGCAGGGCCCAGUUCUGCAUCAGGACCAGGCUGGUGGAGCUGAGCUCCUCCUUCAGCACAAAUUCAUCUUCAUACAGUUCUAGAAUGGUUUGGGUUGGAAGGGGCCUCAAAGAUCAUCUAAUUCCAAGCCCCAGUUUACCAUGGACAGCUACAGAAACCAGCUCUGACACCCCAAAACAUUUCUGAGUAGAAAUCAACAGUUCCCUCUCAAAAGCCACCAGACUCAAGACAAAUGCUUUGGGGUUUUUUUACCCAGUGCCUUCCACUCACCAUCAUUUUCCCCUUGCACACAAACAUGGAUGAAAACACAGCUGUGCCAUACCUGAGACAGACAAGUUCUCCUCAUUGCUGGUGAUAUUUUGUGCACGUUUUCUGUUUGGUUUUAUUAUGUCCCAGGCAUUUAUUCAGAUGGCCUGGCUGCUAAAGCCCAGCUCAGUGAGGUGCAGGGGUCCAUGCCAUGCCAGAGUUUGUGUCCAUCCCCAGGCAGAGCAGUGAGUGUGCACCUCAGCAGGACACUGCUAUCAGCUGAACUGUGAUGUGUAAAAAUAUACUAGAAGAAUAUGAAGACAACUAGGCAUAGAUUAAAUAAAUUAAUAUUUAGGCUUAAAACAUGACUAGAGGUCCACUGAAAUAACAACAUUUUUAAAAAGCCUUUAACAAAUUUCAGGGAAAUUAUAUCUGCACUGUGCUGCCUUUUACAUCAGUGGAAAUUAAUUAAGAGGAAUGUUUCAGCUCAUGUAGUUUGCUGGAGAGUGAUGUACGAGUCUCUGGUGGAAGAAGAAAAGAUCUGGUUUAGCUGAAGCACAAUGCAAGUGCUCAGGUUGGAGCUGCCUGGUUUUCUUAGGGCUUCAAAAAUGUGGAAAUGGAGGAAAUAGAAAAUCCAGAGUGACAGCUGAGCUCAUCCUAAUGUAA